AUGAAGUCCUUCCUCAUCCUCUUGCCCAUCGCAGCAACCGUGCUCGCAAGAGGCUCAUUGGAGACGUCGGCUGAGGACCCAGUCAUCGGUACGGACACAGUUCAUGGCUGCUACUCAUCGGUUGGCGAAUUGAAGCUUAAUAAGACAAACGAGUUCAACGCGCGAGGCUUGUGCGCUUCACUGUGCAGAGACGCGGAUGCCAACGUGGCCGCUACCCAAGGAAGCAAGUGCUACUGCGGCCAGAAAUACCCGGCAGCCAGUACGCUCGUUGAUGACAGUCAGUGUGAUGAGCCCUGUCCAGGCUAUAGCGCAGAAGCUUGUGGCGGAACAAAGUUCUUCACCAUCAUUAAUACCGGUCUGAGCCUUGCCGUUGACAACUCUACUGACGACUCAUCCAGCUCCAAGUCAUCGUCCGUUGCCGGCGCUUCUUCUACUUCAACUUCGGUCGCCUCCGGAGCAACAGUGUCAGGUACCUCUGCCACGGCUACGCCUACAGCAUCAGCUUCGAACGGCACGUCUUCGACUGGCAGCUCUGUGGGAACUUCGUCAUCUAUAACUGCCUCAACUACAGCUGUAAGCCAGAACGGCGCAGUUUCCCAACUCUCUCUCAGCGGCCUGAACUUGGCUGUGUUGGGCCUGGGUGCUGCAUUCUUGAUGUGA